AUGUCUGCUCCUCGACCGACCUCGCCGCCGCGCGCGCGCAGGGCGUUGCAAGAGCGGAAUUCCGCCCACACGAACGAAAGAUCGCCGACUCGGUCAUUACGGAUGGUCUCGGCGGAUCAGGAAGAGGUGGAUAUGUAUAACGCGACACCAUUCCCAACGAAACCCGAACAGAUUUUGCUGCCUAUUCCCGGUAAAGGACAGCAAGAAUAUAUCGCGGACACCGGUUUCAGUUAUUCGGACAACAUCGCGCCCUCCUCGUCGACUUAUUCAACACCAACCUUCAGUCCCCCGACCCCGGCCAGCCCACGGGAUUUUUCAAUCGGCGAAGGAUGGGAUAGAUCGACCGAUGACGCUGGGAACUCGCCGCCACAGAUGUGGGACGACGACCCAAGCUCGAGCAAGUCGUCGCUGCCAGAGGUUUCGUCGGGAAAAGCGCCAAACUAUGGAUCGGAGGGUUCGGAGCCAGAGUUCUCGGAUGACGAUAUGGCUGUCUUGCCCACUGCCACGCCAACAAUCAAAGCCGUUCUCUCGGAGGGCUCUAUGUCGCCCAAGUCCUCCGACGAAUCAAUUGCAGGUUAUUCCAGCCCAAACAUCGAGCAGAUUGGAGCUCCGUCCAGUCCGAACUUCGUGAUGCUCGACAACUCCAGCACGCACUUCGCUCGCCCAAGCAGUGCGUCGUCUGAGAUGGACCGCCGAACCAAUUCGAUUUCCUCAUUCAAUUCAGGCGGCACUGUAGUGAGACAUUCCGGCGCCACUCCCUGGUUCCAGACAACCUUCCAGACAGUCUCUUCCGACCGACUGAGCUACCGCACCCCGUCGUUCCCGUCCAGCCCUCCCGUUCAGUCCGUCGCAUCCUUCCGGUCAACAUCGCGCGCUCCAUCAGGGGGCCGUUCACGCUCUGCAACCUCUUCCUCGCGCAGCCUCCGAUCCGCUUCUGAUCUGCAGGCCGCCAUUGACAGUGGCGUUCCCAUCCAAUACCCCCGGAUCCGUGGCCCAUCAUCUUCGAGCUCCCGGGCAGAUACCUCGGUAUCCGGAGAGCGCGACUUCUCUCCUGGUCCUGCCUCUGGCCGUUGCAAUCCUCACCUGGCGUCUGGUCGCUGGAACCCUCACCUCUCAACUGUUUCAUCCAACUGGUCCGCCGAUGACUUAGCCAACCUGUCCGCCCAACCCGAGCCUCAGUCAGAUUCUGACCGUUCAGUGCCAGAGCUCACGCCUCCACCCGCCGCGGCUCUCAAGAAGGAGGACACCCGGUCGUCUAUUUGGCUCGUCGACAGCUCCAAUGAUAGUGACGACGAACGCCUUGACAGCCUGACCAAGCUUCCCUCUCGUCCGGUCUUCGCUCAAAGUCUCUCCUCUGGCUCCAAGCGAAGCAACAGCACCCGUAGCACCCGCCCGGGAACCGGCUCCAGCAAUAUAUUCAAUAUUCUUCCCACCUGGGCCAAGGUUUACUAUUUGCACGAACCCAUGGGGUUGAACUCCACCUUGACUAUGAUCGACGGCAGCCGACCGUCCUCCGCCCGGGCACCCUCAACCAAGGCACCCUCAACCAGGGCACCGUCCACCCGAGCCCCGUCAAUCCGCCCGCCCUCCACCCGAACGGGGACCUCCAACUCAAGUGUGUUCAACUUGGUCCCCGGGCCGCUCAACGUCCCGCGUCCGCGAUCCCCAGAAAAUCCUGGACCUUCCCAACGUCCCGCAUCACCUCUGCGCCAACAGCGUCGCCAAGAAAGCGACCUGCGCGAUCCUCGCGCCCACUGGGUGCCCUCACCGCAGCCUUCGGACGGUGGAUCCAGCAAUGCCAAUCACCGUCUCCACCACAGUUGGUCUCCCCACCUGCUUCCCGACCGAAGAGUCCUGCAAGGGUCGCGAUCUGGCUGGCGCGCGCCUUCACUCGACUCCCGCGGCGAGCCAACCUUCGGUCGACGCAACAUUCAAGUAUACUCGUUCUGCGCUGGCUUCAUUUUCCCUCUCGCAUGGUGUGUCGCUGCAUUCCUGCCUUUACCGCCCAGGCCAACCCUGUCUCCGGAAAUGGCGGAGUGUGGGUCUGACUCUGAUGUUGAGGCUGCGCUUGAGAUGCAGUGCAUGAACCUGCAGCAGCGUCGACAUGACAAUGCGCGUUGGUGGCGAACUCUCAACCGGUGGAUGGUUUCACUUGGCGUUGUCAUCAUCGUCAUUGUUGUUACCCUUGCUGUUGUCGGCACUACAACAGGGUUCUAG